UUUCUUUGUUGUGUUCUAUUUUAUCUAAAGGCCAGUGCCCUUUAAUUUUCUUCCCUUCAAAGGGUUUGGCUUAAUUUGUGAGAGAGAGAGAGAGAGAGAUGGGAAGAGCUCCAUGUUGUGAUAAGGCAAAUGUGAAGAAAGGGCCAUGGUCACCUGAGGAGGACACCAAGCUCAAGGAGUUCAUUGAAAAGUAUGGCACUGGUGGCAACUGGAUUGCUCUCCCUCAUAAAGCUGGGCUGAAGAGAUGUGGGAAGAGUUGCAGGCUGAGAUGGCUCAACUAUUUGAGGCCAAACAUCAAGCAUGGGGAAUUCUCUGAUGACGAGGACAGGAUCAUCUGCACCCUCUUUGCUACAAUUGGAAGCAGGUGGUCCAUUAUAGCUGCUCAACUACCAGGGAGGACUGACAACGACAUCAAGAACUACUGGAACACCAAGCUCAAGAAGAAACUGCUUGGGAUUUCCCCUCCUGUUUCAUCCGCUAAUAACAGCAGCAGCUCUCAGAGGAAAUCAACAUCAACAAACCAACAGCAGCUUCUCUUUCCAUCAUCACAGUCAAAGCCUGUCUUCUCAGGACUUAGUCAUAACCAGUAUCAGAUAAGCUUCGGGGGUGCUGAGCAGAGCUGUAGCUCUUCUGAUAUGAGCUAUGGCAACGAGCAGCAGCUGGGGUUUGAGAGCUAUCUCUAUGCUGGGCUUGGCUGGGGAGAUCAUCAGGCCCAACCUCAGGCUCAACCUCCAUUAGAGUAUGGUUAUGAGGAGAUCAAGAACUUGAUCAAUGGAGGUGCCGGUGCUGACGCUGAUGCUACAGUAUAUAAUGAUCCAGAAGACAGCUUCAAAGCCCAAGGGAGAGGAUCAGUCAUGUACCGUUUCUGA